UUACAAUUUAAAUGGCAAGACAACAUUGUGCACAAACAAAUUUUCUUAUAAUCAAUAGCCAUUUCAAGAUUUUUUUUUAAGAAAAAAAAAUUGAAAAUGUGGACCAACCUUGAGUAAUUCAAAUAUAGUAUCUCCCUAUAUAUGUUCAAAGACCUUUUCAAAACCACAUACCAAAAAUGAUUAUUAUUGCAAAAUAACUUACCAAAUAUAGUGUUACCAAUUAAAUCUCAUGCACUCAAACAACCCCCUUAUGUUAUUCACUUUUUUCAAUUUGUUUCUUUGCAUGUGGUAAAAUGUUAAAAUGUUUUAGAUAUCAUGAUAAGUAUCUAACCCAUUAAUUAAUGUCAAGAGUACAUAUAUGCUAAGUUUUAAAAUUACUAAGAUAUUAAAUACUUUAAAAAAAAAAUCUGAUUCCAACUUCAAUUAAUUUUGGCAAGAACAGCUUGAUGCCAACUAUGGCUUAGACAUUAAUCAACAUUUUUGAAUCUUACUAUAACUUAUUCUUAACCAAGUUCAUUCUUAUCUUAAUUGACAGUAAAAUUAAAUGCCUUACAUCUGUAUCUUCCAAAAGAAAAUCAUGAUUUUUUUAGGGUAAAUUUGGCAAAUAAUUAACAAGAGAAAUUAUAAAGAAAGAAUUUUGGAAAGUUGUUAUUUUCAUCGUCAUAAACCAACCACAAUGCUCUAUAUAUGGAAGUUUCUCUGUUACAUUCAAAUAAGUUUAUGUUAAUUUCCGAUUAAGCUCGCUUAUACAAUUCAUGAUGUAUAAUCCCUUAAUUAUCAUGUAAUCGUUUAUUUUUUAUUCAUUUAAUUAUUUUUACAUGAUAUUUUCAUAAACCGCGAAAAAUAAAAACUAUUAAAAGAUAACAAAUUAUCAAGCUUAAUUUAGUAUUUUUAUCAUAACAGAUAAAUAUGCUAGAUUUCUUUAUUCUUAUAGCAGUGAAUAUAUGUAAACAUUAAUUUAUUAAAAGUUAUAUGCAUGAAUUCCACCAAAUAUCAUUGAAUCUUUUACAGAAGUUUGAUCUCCUGAGUAGGCAAUUGCGUUCACAUGGUACUUUGAAAUACAUCUAGAAGAAUUUGAUGGAACAAAUUUUCCUGAGGCACAAAAUCUUAUCAACCUUAGUCCUGAUUUAAAUCUUGUGCUAAAAUGAUGCAAGUGACAAUUCAAAAUGGGAUUUCUUUCCAUAAUUGAAAGGAUAUUACAUUCAUUCAACCUUGUUAUAAACUAAGCAUUUCUCUCAUAUUGUUCCCCAAACCAAAAAUAUUUCGGCCAUGGUUGGAAUUGGUGGAGAACCAUACCCUACUGCAGCCUCUAGCAUUUCAGCAGCCUUGGAAGGAGUUCCACACAACAUGGUUAAUGAACCUGUUGGAGCAUCUGAAUCCGAAUCGAGCCCUGGUGUUUUUCUUGAUUUGAAGCUCUCGAAUGAUGAUAAUUCACAAGGCGAAACAAAGAUUGAACUCAAUCUUUUCAGCCCUAUGAACCCUACUUCAUCUCAGUCAAAUGAGUCUGGUGAGCAGGAGACUUCAAGCGAGAAGCAAUCCGAUGCAAAUAAGGUUUACUCAUGCAAGUUUUGCAAACGAGAGUUCUCUAAUUCUCAAGCCUUAGGGGGACACCAAAAUGCUCACAAACAAGAACGUGCAUUAGCCAAAAGGCGUCAAGGGAUGGAGGUGAAUGGUUUUGGCCAUCCACAAUUUCCCUAUUACCCUUAUCCAAGCUUUUCUUCACGCCCUAUUUAUGGAUCUUUGAAUAGAUCACCUCUUGGGGUUAGAAUAGAGUCCAUGAUCCAUAAGCCUUCAUAUCCAUGGGCAUCGCCCGGUGGAUAUCGUUUCGGUUAUGGUUGGUCUGGGCAAGCCAUGAUGAACCCUCCUCGGCCAAGCAUAAGCAUGAACAAUGGUGGAUUUGGAAUCUCAAGGCCUUCAAACUCUUCAAGAAUUGAGGAAACUGGUGCACCUCGAAGCUUCCCUAAUAUUUCUCAAGCAAAUGUUGCUGUAAGUAGGGCAACUGGAAUUGAUUAUCUUCGGCCAAGCAAUUCUUCAGGAAGUGAUGAUCACAAGGAAGCUUCAGAAAUUGAUUUGUCCCUUAAGCUUUAAUUAUUGCUAUAAUAUUCUGUUUUAAUUAAUUAGUUUCUAGUGAAGAUUGCAUGCUUGUUUAAUUUCUUGUUCAACUAGGACACAUUUGCAUGAAUAAAUGAAUGAAAUUCAAAGUAAUAUUAUUUUAUUUUUUGUGUUUUUCUUGUGUGUGCGCGCGAAAAAGUUUAAAUCUAUAAAAAAAUUAUUUUUUAAAAAGGAAAAAGAAAAAGGAAAUCCAAUAUAUUUCCUUACUAAGUUUGAUAUUAAUGGAAAUUUUUUUUUUUUGAGAAAGACACCAAAAUGAUCACUAAUGAUGAUUGCCUACCAUAAACAUGUUAAUUUUUCAAUUUCUAUGGCUUGCCAUAAUGCCAUCACGUCCACACCAUAUUAAAUAUUUGCUUGAUUAUAUAUUGCAUAGCUCAGCUUGAUAUUUACUUAUCAAAAAAGGAAAAAACCUUUGAUAUUUAGUCAUUAGAAUAUGGUCAAUCAUGGCUUACUUUGGCAUAACAGAUGAACCUUUUUAAUGAGUGGCUAAUUUGAGGAAGAUGAACUUAAAUCUAGUUGUUUUGUUUUUUCUUUUCUUUUUUGGAAGAAAUGUAUGAUUGGAAAUAUUGAAUCAUAACAAAUUUAUAAUACUCUAUUUAGGAUGAUGAAUCAAAUUUACUAUUCAUCUUUGAACAAGUGCAAUUUAAUCAUUGCACACAAUUUCUAAUUUGAUUUAAAAAUAAAAUAUUUUAUAAAAUAUUUCAUUUACAAAAUAUUAAUAUUUUACUAUUAAAAUUUGAUUAUUUUUAACCAAAUUUAAAAAUAUAAUGAUAUAGUGACUUCCAUUGAAAAACUAAUGCAAAUUUUAAUUCUAUCAUCUUAAUUAACUACAUAGAAUGGUAAAUUUGAAUCUUAUUUUAGUUGGAGUUGAGUGAUUGAAUUUCUAACAAAAAAGGAAUUGAGUGACUAAAAUAUAAAUUUAAUGGAAGUAGAAUAACUUUUUAAGAGUCCUAUAGUAAAAAAAA